AUGACACUCCGGUCUGCCGACCACUCCGAGGUCAAGGACAAGGUCAAGAAAGAAGAAAAGAAAGAGAAGAAAGAGAAGAAAGAAAAGAAGGAAAAGAAGGAUAAAAAAGAAAAGAAGGACAAAAAGGAGAAGAAGGAGAAGAGGGAAAAGAAGUCUCGCAAGGCCGCCGAUUCCUCGGAAGAAUCUGACUCGGAGGACAGCAGUAACAAGAAGAGCAAGAAGGUCAAGGAGGAGAAGGAGACGGCGAAACCCUUAGCCAAGAAGGCCCGCCUUGAAGAUCUGUCACCACCCCCAGCAGAGACUCCCCGCGAUUCGACACCGGAGCCUGGUGCGGACAAGGAGGUACAUGAUGAGGUUCCAGAGAAUUUGCGUCUGAGCUCGUACAGGAUUUCGCCCUCCACGAUUGCGGCAUUGGCGGCUCGAGGAAUCAAUGCGUUGUUCCCUAUUCAGGCGGAGACAUUCGAUCAUAUCUACAAUGGAAACGAUGUUCUUGGACGGGCUAGGACUGGAACUGGAAAGACCUUGGCGUUUGCGUUGCCCAUGGUUGAGAUCUUGCUCAAGGACAGAGCCCCCGCAGAUCGUGGUCGUCCCCCUCGUGUUCUCGUCCUUGCUCCCACCCGCGAUUUGGCCAUCCAAGUAUCGAACGAAUUUACGAAUGUUUCUCCCAGUCUCAAGUCCGUCUGUCUCUACGGUGGUACACCCAUGCCAGAGCAGACGGCUCAUCUCCGCAAUGGCGUCGACGUCGUGAUCGGCACACCUGGUCGUGUUCUCGACCACGUCAACCGCGGCAACCUUAAACUCGAUAACCUGCGUUUUGUGUGCCUGGACGAGGCGGAUCAGAUGCUGGAUAUCGGAUUCGCGGACGAUAUGGAACAAACCCUGCAGCAUGUGCAGACCCAGAAGGAGGCCCGUGGCGCCAGCGCACCCAAACACCAGACGCUCCUCUUCUCUGCCACAGCUCCUGAAUGGAUCAAGCGCACGGUGCAGAAAUAUCUGGAUCCAAAGUACAUCAACGUGGACUUGGUCGGGAACUCGCGCGUGAAGACGAAUGAGAAUAUUCGUCAUUAUGCGAUCCCUUCAACAUGGCAGUCGCGCAAGGAUGUAAUUGGUGAUGUCGUUGCCGUCUAUGGUGGAAACCGUGGGUUGACGGUUAUCUUUGCGAACACAAAGGCGGAGGCAGACGAAUUGGGAUUGACACCCAAGUUGAAGGCGGACGCGAAGGUGCUGCAUGGAGAUAUCCCUCAAGCGCAGCGUGAGUUGACUUUGCAGGGAUUCCGUGAGGCUAAGGUCAAGUGCAUCAUCUGCACAGAUGUGCUUGCGAGAGGAAUCGAUAUCCCCAUGGUCGAUCUUGUCAUUAACUGCCAACCCCCCAAGGAUGUCGAAACCUAUGUCCAUCGCUCUGGUCGUACGGGUCGUGCGGGUCGCAAGGGUGUGUGCGUGACCUUCUACAAGGCCCAGGAGGAGUACAUGAUCCAGAACAUUCAGCGUCGGGCAGGUAUGGAGAUGGUCAAGGCCGGACCUCCACAGCCGGAGGAUAUCAUUGCGGCGACGGCUCAGGAUGCGGCGGAUAUUGUGUCGAAGGUCGUGAAGAAUGUCAUCCCUAUGUUCAAGCCUAUUGCCGAAUCGAUGAUCGCUGAGAAUUUCGAUGGAAACGCCACAGAUGCGCUUGCGGCCGCCUUGGCUCAGAUCUCGGGAUACGGUGCCGGUGUUCGUGCGCGCUCACUCAUGUCUGCGGCCGAGGGCUUCACGACCAUGGUCUUCCGUCUGACGCACGAAAUCCAGCACCCAGGAUAUGUUCGCAAUAUUCUGACCCGCAACUUCCCCAAGCUGAGCUACGAGGAUGUCAAGGGCAUGCGCAUGACCAAGGACAUGAUGGGCGUCGUCUUUGAUGUGGUCUCGGACAAGGUGGAGGUGGAUGAGAACAAUACCAUCUUCUUGGGAGGGAACAAAUGGACGGAUCUGGACAACAUCUCGCUCGAGGUCGCCAAGACUCUACCAGAACUUGAGCAGCGUAUGGACGAUCGUCGCAGCGGCGGUGGUGGCGGCGGUGGACGUGGUGGAUUUGGAGGUCGUGGUGGGUUCCGUGGUGGACGUGGGGGUGGCGGUGGUGGGUUCCGUGGUGGUCGUGGGGGACGUCGCUAA